AUGGGGGGCAGUUCCCGUGUGGCCAAAUCUUGGCAAGAGAUGGGUCGAGAGGCGAUCGUGCUGGAUACGGCGCACAAUGCUGCCAACGACUUGGGAACAAGCGAGGCGCAUGACACGAUUAUUCGGAUGCUUCAAGCCACAGAUCCUGAUGGAAAAGCUUUAGUGGGACUGCUUGGGGUGGAGCUCCCUUGCAAUACCUGGAGCCUUUGCAGAGGGCGUGGACGGGGCCCACCUCGGUUGAGGGAUUUGCGGCACAUUGAUGGGCUUCCUGGCUUGGUCCCCAAGAACUUGGAGAAGGUGGCCCAGGCAAACGCCCAGAUCAAGAACGCAGUGGCUUGGAUUCGUUGCAGCUGCGCGCAAGGUGUUCCCGGAUACUUGGAGAACGGGCGCCGCAGUCUGAUCUGGCAUCAUCCUUUGGUUUUGGAGCUCAUUCAGGAGGGGCUUUGCUGGGUCUCUGUCCUAGAUCAAUGUCAAUACGAGACAGAAUACAGAAAGCGCACGCUUCUUCUGGUGUGGGGGGUUCCGGAGAAUGCCUUUGACUUCCUACGAUGCCGGGCGCCGAGGGGAAUCUGCAGCCGCACUGGCCUGGCGCACCUGCACUUGGAGGGUGUUGACCAGAACGGACGUUUCAAGACCGCUGCAGCGCAGGUCUAUCCUGUGAAGAUGGCUCAGGCGAUUGCAAUGAAGUUUGCAGGGCAUUGA